UACCCUUUCCUUUCGUUGUUUCUGUUUGUAGUUAUCUAUAUCUAUGAUACCAGAAGCCUAACAUUAGCCAUUUUUCAUAUAAAAUUUUGUUAAUUUUCUAAGACAGGAAGCCUUAUAGUGUGAACUCAUCGUUUCAUAAUGAGUAGUGGUCGUAAUGAUUGUCGUAUAUAUGUGGGAAAUCUUCCACCAGAUAUUAGAAGCAAGGAUAUUCAAGAUCUCUUCUACAAAUUCGGCAAAGUUACGUUCGUUGAUCUCAAGAACAGACGAGGGCCUCCUUUUGCUUUCGUUGAAUUUGAAGACCCUAGGGAUGCCGAUGACGCUGUUCACGCUAGAGAUGGGUAUGAUUAUGACGGUUAUAGGCUAAGGGUUGAAUUCCCCAGAGGAGGUGGGCAUGGAGGAGGAUUCCGAGGUGGCAGAGGGGGAGGAGGAGGAGGAGAUCGUGGAAGAAGUUCCAGAGGACCACCAGCUAGAAGAUCCCAAUUUAGAGUACUUGUCACUGGCCUUCCUCCAUCUGGAUCUUGGCAAGAUUUGAAGGACCAUAUGAGAGAAGCUGGUGAUGUUUGCUUUGCAGACUCAUUCAAAGAUGGAUCAGGAGUUGUCGAAUUCUUAAGAUAUGAAGACAUGAAAUAUGCUAUAAAAAAACUUGAUGACUCUAGAUUCAGAUCACAUGAGGGGGAGGUUUCUUACAUUCGCGUGAAGGAAGAUAAAGGUGGAAGCGAUAGAAGGUCUGGUCCAAGGUCACGUAGUCGUUCUUACUCCCCAAAACGUCGAGGUUCUCCAACAUAUUCACCUGUGAAAAGGAGCUACUCUAGGAGCAGAUCUCGUUCUUAAAGGACUAUUUUUAUUUUUUAAAUUGAGAAGGAUAUUCUCCAUCAAUUUGCAGUGUAUGUAUAUUAGUGUUUGUUUUACAUUUCAAGUCGGUAAAUUCUUGAUUUGAAAAAGAAAUAUCUAAACCAGAACCAGAUAUCUGUAUAAUUAAAUUUAUUUCGAAACAAGAAAUCGAGAAUUUUCUUCUCAAAAUUUCAAAAUUUUGUUCAACAUUCCCUCAUGUAUUUUUUUUCUGUUAAUUUUCCUUUAAUAUUUAUCUACAAUGAUUACUAAUGAAUUUUUUCUAUAAUUAUGAAACUCGACAUUGGAAAAGGAAUAAAGGAGGAUCAUUGAAUUGGAUUAAAAUAAAUAUGACAUAAAAAGGA